AUGGCGUCUUGUUCCAGUCUUCUCCAAGCAACGCGCAGUCGGUUACUUCGUGUAUGUUAUAUUCCUUAUCGUGUACCAUAUGAUUUCGGUCUCCGAAUUCAAGAAUCACUCGUGCAACGAAGAGCUGAAUCUCGGUCUGUUCUCCGUAAAGCUGGUGUUCAACAUGCUACCGCGUCGCUAGCUGAUCUUCCCAUGGAUUUACACGGACACGUCAGGACGGCUCGAACAGAUUAUCUGCUGCUUCUUGAACACACACCAGUUUAUACUCUUGGUCGUCGCGACGAUAGUGCAGCUAUUGGUGCAGCUAUGUCGGCGCCGAAUGUGGAUAUUUUUCAGACAAAGCGAGGUGGGCUGCUGACGUAUCAUGGACCCGGCCAGCUUGUGGGAUAUCCUAUAUUGGAUCUAGGGCUUUUAAAGCUUUCCACGCGUUGUUAUGUGGCAACACUACAAGACAUUUUACGUCGCAGUUUGGCAAAUGAAGCCAUUCAGCUCGCCACUAUUAAUUCUCCAUCUGAAGAUUCAAAAUAUACUGGAGUUUGGACGCAACCGAAUAGGAAAAUUGCAUCAAUUGGUGUACAAGUGCAACAUCGUGUCACCUCGCAUGGAUUUUCACUCAAUGUGCACGAGGAAGCACUGGAAGGCUUCCGCAAAGUGGUAGCCUGUGGACUGCCUGAUGUACAACUUACUUGCAUAGAUGAGCAACUGUCUUGGCUUGGUCGACCAAACAUGCACCUAUCGGUUAUGGACGUCGCCAAGAUCGUGUCGGACGAAUUUGUCAAGUCACUAGGUUAUCACAUUGAUACUACGAACUUCGCUGAUUAUGAGAGCAUUGAAAAAUCUGAUGGAUCUCAUGUUCUAUCAAAAGUAUUGCUCGAACACGUUCCCAUCGCUUCCACAGCUUAG